CUUGUAUCGACACUCGUCUCAAGUAGAAAAAAAGUAUAGCUCUUCCUUCAUCACUGCACGGGAACAUAUAAUGCAUGGAUGCACGGGCUUAUAAGGCGGGCGGGGCUAUGAUAGACACAACACGACUAGUACUGCACUUCAAUAUAAACAUGUUACCAAGAGACGGAGACAAGAUGGGGCUGAGGACGGCGUCCGAGAUCGUCUCUGCUUGAGGAGUUUUUGCAACAACCGGCGGCAUGGCAGCAACAUCGAAGCACUCACUUUUCAAUUCACCUCCUUCUGCUCAAGUCCACCUCGGUCAACUCGCUUGAAUCGUCGCAAAAAAUGGCAGGAGGCAAGUUCAUGACGCUCGAGGACUUCAAGAUCGCCUUCAACGUCUUCUGCUGCGUCUACGGCGUUGGAACACUUGGUAUGCCCGGCAACUUCUCCAGAGCUGGACCCUUGCUCGCCAUCAUCGCCAUGGCCUUUAUGGCGUUCGCUAACAUCUAUGCGUCCGUGGCAAUCUGCCGUGUCAUGCUGCUCGCGCCCAAGUCCGUGCGCACGUACGGUGACCUGGGUGCCUGGGCGGCCGGCAAGUGGGGUCACUGGCUCGCCGUCAUCUCGCAAAUGGCUUCGUGCUUGCUCGUGCCCUGCGUGUUCCUCGUUCUGGGCGGCUCGCUGCUUAACGGUCUCUUCCCGGGUGCCUUCAGUGACACCGUGUGGAUCAUCCUCAUGGCACUCAUGUGUAUGCCGGUCUGCCUCAUCCCGACUCUGAAGGAAGGAGCGGGUGCCGCGUUCGCCGGCUGCCUCGGUACUAUCAUCGCCGACGUUAUCGGCGUGGCAGUCGUCAUGCACGGCAUGCGCGGACAUCCGUCCGUGCCAGCACCCGAGCUCAAGUUCUCGCAGGUGGCCGGUGUGUUCGGAAAUCUGUCGCUCGCGUACGGCGCCGGUGUUGUCAUCCCGGCCCUGCAACGUCAGCACAGCGAGCCGAAGCGCAUGCCCCGUGUCGUCUUCUUUACGAUCACACUCAUCUCGAUUCUCUUCCUCGUGCUGGCCAGCACGGCCUACUCAUCCGUCGGCUGCCAGAUCACCGGCAACCUGCUCUUCUCCAUCUACCCGGACGCGGAUACGGGCCUCACCACGCUCGGUUUCAAGUCCAGUUGGGGUGCCGUCGUGCUCGCCUACCUCUUCAUGCAGCUGCACGUGACGAUCGCCUUCUCGGUACUGCUCAACCCGCCGUUCUACCUGGCCGAGCGUAUUCUACUCGGAAUGCACAAGAAGAAAGAGGGUGACAUUGAAAACGCCAUCACCUACGCCGACGCCUCCACGCCCGCCAAGGACUCGAUCGCCAACCCGUCCGUGAACGUGUCGGAGCGCCGUUCCAAGAUGUCGUACGUGUCGGUGGCUGAUGCCGAGAACCCGCACUACGGCGAUGAGGACGCCGAGACUGCCGAGUACCGCGGUGCCAACGCCAUUAAGUACGUGCUGCUUCGUGUGGCUAUCAUCGCCGUGCUGGUGAUCCUGUCCAUUGUUCUGAAGGAUCACUUCUCGGACCUGUCGGAUUUUGUGGGCGCCUCGUGCCUCUCGCUUAACAGUAUCAUCCUGCCCAUUGUCUUCCUGCUCAAGAAGUGCUGGGCAUCGAUCCCAAUGUACGAGAAGAUCCCGGCAAUUGCUGUCGUCGUUGUGUGCAGCAUCCUGGGCUGCUACGUGACGUACACGUCGGGUAAGACGCUGUUCUCACCCACGGAGUCAGACGCGGAGUUCCCGUACUGUGACUCGGAAUUUGAGAACAAGGUCUACUACAACUAUACCGCCGUGCAUGGAGCGUAAGUGUAUCCGCCAGUGUGAACGAUAGAUUUCUCUGUAGCUUCACUAUUCGUUACAUGCAAUAAAGUGUUUUGGUUUCAACUUC